AUGUCCAAGGAGAUCACCGCCCUCGCGCCCGCGUCGAUGACGGUCAAGAUCAUCGCGCCGCCGGAGCGCAAGUACUCGGUCUGGAUCGGCGGCUCGAUCCUCUCGUCGCUUCCCGCCUUCCGGCAGUCGUGGAUCUCGAGGCAGGAGUACGCCGAAUCGGGCCCGUCCAUCGUGCACCGCAAGUGCUUCUCUUCCUAA